AUGGCGUUGGCCUGCGGCUUGCUGCUCCUGUAUGCAGGCAUCUUCUUCACUGAAGGCAUGCGCCCAGUGGACAUGUCGGCCUUGGAGUCGGAGGACUUGGGUGCUUGCAAGAAGCGGAAAGGCUCAACUCCAGGCUCGGAGAUUUGGUGCCGAUGCAAUCAUCAGGGUGGACCAAUCGUGAGCCAGGAGGCUUGCGAGGAUCCCAAUGGAGACCGGAAGACGAAAUGCCAAUGGGACGAGGACCAAUUGAAGUGCUUGCCGACAGCCCCGGCGACCAGCACUUCGGAGGACAUCUUCUCCGAGAUCCACGAAGUCAGCGAAAAUCUAAAGAACGAUGACACAAAUAUGUCGCUGCGUGACCUUGUUACAAACACGACAUCGACAUCGGCGGACCUUCAUUGGCUCCAUCCCUGGCAUGCUGUCAACUAUGUCGGGAGCUGGGUCUCCCCUUCCUCUGCUGCGACGACAACCACCACAUCAGAAGUGCCGGAGGUGAUGCAGCGAGAGUUGAACUUUGAACCAGGGAAAAUGAAAAGCCUUCCGCAGUCGUCAGAGGAGUCAGAGGAUCUUACGCAGCGCGGCAGCAAUUCCAACAAACUAUGCUGGUCCGGUUUCUUCAGGUGCUGGGCCUUAUGCAGAGCCUUAGCAGAACAGAUUGCCCAGGUCGGCUGGCGGAGAGGAAGAGAACGAGAAGACGAUGCGCGGCACCUAAGAUGUUGCCGGAGUUGCAUUCUGGGCUGUGCCUUGCGCCUGUUCCCGAGGACCAGCAGCGAGGCGUUCGAUGUGUACACAACGACGCCUACAACGAAAUCCUUGCAGCUCGGCAGCAGGACAAUUCUGUCCGAGUUUUGCGUGUCAAGACAUGAGGGCGAGGUCUCUGUGCACAUCGGAGGUUUCCCGAGUCUCCAGAGACAGAGACCACGACGCCGCUUCUUUGCAAGAAGUGCGAAGUGCGAAAGGGGUCGGCGAGAUGCUUCCCGCAACGUCCGCCGUUUGCAAAGCUGA